CUGGCUGUGUGAACCUGACUGCGUUAUGAGUGGAUCCGACACCGUGGUGGUCACAGGUUUUGGACCUUUUCGACAGUUCCUGGUGAACCCCAGCUGGACAGCAGCCCAGGGCUUGAAGUUGGUCGGAUUGGGAGAAGGGACUGAUGUUUACAUCAAGGAGGUGCCAGUGAGUUAUGUGAAGACCCAGCAAAUCAUUGCUGAGAUUUGGCAAACUCUUCACCCAAAGUUUGCUGUACAUCUGGGCGUAGCCAGAGGUUCUAGUGUCAUCAUUCUGGAGCAAACAGGAAAGAACAGCGGCUACAGAGACAAAGACGUGUGCGGCUUCUGCCCUGAGAGUCACUGCUGUGUGGAGGGAGGACCAGACAAACUGGACUCGGUCGUUAAUAUGAGGGCUGUCGCCAAAGAGCUCCAACAAGCAGGGACGGAUGUUGUUUAUUCAAGAGAUGCUGGCAGGUACCUGUGUGACUUUGCAUAUUACUGCUCACUGUAUUACGGUCAGAGGAGAGCGGCAUUUAUCCAUGUGCCCUCAUCUGGCAGCCUGACCUCAGGUGACAGACUGGUACCACUGCUGCAGAGCCUCAUUCUCGCCAUGCUGGACCAGCUGGAGGACUCUUCAGAAACCACGUGAUGAGAACAUGAGCGAGGUAGAUCUUCUAAUAGACAUUUCACACAUCAAAGUGGCCUCAGAGAGAUUUGAAUAGAACAAACAGUCAUAUUUCUCAUUCAUUUAUUUAUUCAAAAUUUCAGAAAAAAAAAGAAAAUACAAGAAAUUCUCAGAUACACAUUUGGAGAUGGCAUGUCAAAAAUACACCAUCUCAGCUAUAGGUGUGAAAAAACGUUUGAGGCCUCAGAUACAGAGCUUGAAAAAAGACAGAGUCUAGUGAAGGUUUUUUUUUUUUUGAUUAUUUCUUUUCCCCAAUCAGGUAAUGAACACAGAGAUCUUGUGAAAGUCAUUGCAAUAAAAUCAUAGCAGUAGACCAAGGCCCCCUCAGAAGGUAUAGGAAUGCAAAUCAUAACAACAGAGGCAUGAUAAUGAUAAACCUCAAACUUAUUAUUGCAGUUUGAAUGCACUGACGCAUCCUCCAUAAACCUGAGGUUUGCAUGAAGAACAUUCAGAAGAAUGAAAGUGAUAAAAGAUGAAUGUUUUUGUCUUUUCAGUUCGUUAAUGUAUAUUUGAAAUCUGGUAAUGCAAAAAAAAAAGCAACUAGUGUGAAGCUGUAAACUUAGGCCUAUCAUCUUUUUUCUAAUCAUGUUUACCUCUUCACUGUGACUACCCGUAAUCUACGCAACAUCCCUGUCCUAUACAUGUCCACGUGUGUAUUUAAAUGCUGCAGUUAUGACAGGUUUGUGAUCUAAUGGUAACUAUGAAUUCAACAGUAAUUCACCUCACGACAGCUCGAUGUAACGUCUACUCCCGGAACUGAAGAGUUUGCAUUUAAUCCUUACAUGCAUCCAAAACAGGGAGAAAAAAAAGCACAGAUAUGUUAAGUAACUACACAAGCUGUUUGCUUGUCAGUGGUGAUUUCUGUACCGACGUGAUAUUCAGCAGCAGUCAACCAAAAACAAACUGUUCACUCUUUCAUUCUCUUAUAUUCUCCUAAAUCAUGCACAGAUAAAAUGCUUAAGAGGAAAUUGAGCACCCAGGUUUCACAUUAGAAGUUACCCAGUGGCCUAGUCGUAAUUUCUUUUAUUGCUUUUGGGUUUUAAUUUCAACAUGAGUUUUCUAAUCGUUUCCAGCCCAGAAGCCCUUGCACCGAGACAGCGCUCUCCAAAGUAGCCACUUUGAGUUGAGGUUUGUUAGGAGAAGUUUUGAGAUGUAAAAGCUCCUUUUUUUGCCACCUUCGUGCUCGACAUUUUCGAUGACAAUAUAAGAUCCACUGAGGUGACGGUUUGAACCAGCAGCAUUAGUGUAAGUAGCAGUACAAAGAGGCCAAAAUAAGGCGUGUUAAGUUUACUUCCAAGAGAUCAAAAAGUGUUAAAAAAAAAAAUGGCGGAGAUAAGCCAUUACCAGAGCUGGAACGUGAUGGCAUUCAGCAGGUAGACUCAGGACAGAGGGAGUGAUGGCGUUCACGUAAACACAAAGAGUUACGGGGGUGACAAAAAAAAGAAGACGGAAUCUAAUCCAACAUUGAUAGAUGACUGAAACUGUCCAGAAACAUGUAGGUGGAGUUGCUGCUAUCUCGACAAAGGUUUUGUGUUACAUUCACAGCACUGAUCCAUACAUAGAACUGAAUGUAUAUUUUGAGCGUGAAUGACAUCUGGAUGUCUCGUUUGUGCCGUAACCGUGCAACGUUACAGGCUGCAGGUGACCAGCGAAUACAUUUUUUUGUUCUUGGAGGUCGAUAAAACAUUUUUCCCUUUUUAAAUAUUCCCCAUCAUAACUGUUUGGACUCAUAUAAAAAUGCAUUUUAGAUGAGAAAAUUAAGGUUUCUGUCUUUUGAGGAUUUGAGGUUGUGACAAUAUGUUGGGAGUCAGUGGAGAUGGGAUAUCUGGUGCUGAUGUUGCGCCCCACACUCUUGCCUUUAUCAUUCAGUCAAAUUAAGCGUAAUUAUGUAAUAUUAUCUCACAUAAACACCCAAAAUUUUAUAUUUAUUCUGCAGGAAACUUAACCAUACUGCACUUAAGUUCUCUCCUGUUGUAUUCUUGGAGGUGUAAACUUACUGGUGGGCUGAUUACAUCACAGAUAUUCCAUCUCCCAUCCUAGUCCGCUUUGUGAGGUUUAUCUAGAUCCCUGUGGGUUUUAUCCAGAUGAUGAGGUUUCUAUACAAACUGAUGAGAAAGAGUGAGAUGUACUUGUUUUCCAUACGCAUACAUAUAUUUAAAAAGAGUGAGGUAGAUAUAUACUUGAAGGAAAAAAAAAAUAAAACCUUUUAAGUCCCCCAGUCAUGACACCAAAGAAAAUACAUACAAAAAAAAAUCCAACUUUAUACUGAAUCAUGGGGCAUUUAUACAGUGAUUUAAACUGAUAUCACAAAAGGAGAAUAAAAAAAUAAAUAAAUAACACUCCUACAGAAAAAAAAAACUUCAAAGAGAGAGGGGAGAGAAAAAAAUCACCAGGCAACAUUUUCCAAAAAAAGAUGAGGAGAAAUCCUUCAAAAAUCACUAUUCAGCCUCCAUUUUAAGACCUUUUUUGUUUUCCAUUCAUGACAUUGAAAUGUGUUCCCUUCCCUGGACUUUAACCCAUCCUUUAUUUGGUUUUCAGAAGCAGUGAUUAUGAAGACAAACAAUAAGACCUGUUCUCACUUUGGAGACGUAACGUUAGCAGAAGUGGCAUUAUAUUGCGCUUGAGUGUUAUAAUAACGUUUAAAAAAAUAAAAGGAAGGAGAAAUAAAAUCUGAUUUCGAAUGCUUGAGAGAUGGUUGGCGUAAUUAAGGCAAACAAUACAACCCAAUUAGCCCUAUUGAUCCGAGAAGAGGCAAGAAAUGGAUGGGUUAAAAUACCAGAUCUGGUGUAAAGUAAAUAUCUCGUACGCUUACUUCAAAAGGAGGCACCGGGGGAGGAAACAGGUACAGUAUGUCGUAGAGGUCAGUGAGGGGCCAGUGGGGAGGAGAGAGGGCACUACUGGACUCAAAACAUGAUGGUAAGGGGUGAGGAGGAUGAGGAUGAGGAGGAGGAAAUGGGGAGGUACAAGCUGAGACAAGUAGAGGACGAUCAUGAGAAUGUGUGGAGAAAGCAAAGCCUUUACUUUGACCUGAGAUUGAGUCGCACCUAGGGGGCAAUGCUAGGCGCAGUGCUAGACAACAAGUACAAAAAGGGUGCAGAAAGUACACACUCACACAUCGAGCUAAGGUGUCCAUUCCAAAUAAUAAUAAUAAUAAUAUUAAUAAUAAUAAUAAUAAUAAUAUAGACAUCCACGAAACAAAUACAGGAGGAAAGAUUUCAUAAAAAUAAAAGGCAAUGAACGAAAUAUAGUGUUACAGGAAACCUUUUGGGGUAACAGAAGAAAAUGCUUUUAUAUCUAAAUCAUCUUAUUUUUUAGUUUUUUUGUUUUUUAAACAGAGUUUAAAGAUAUAAGAAAUGGACUGUAGUGGAGACCAUAAAAUACCAAACCUGAAGGAUUUCUUGUGUGUGUAUAUAUAUAUGUAUAUAUAUAUAUAUAUAUAUGUAUAUAUAUGUACACACAUCCAAAAGAGAAAAAGAAUAAAAUAGCAGCUUUGUUCUGUACAGACAUAGAGGCAAACAUUUUGAACCGUAAAAAGGUUUUUAAAAAAGUGACAAAACCAAUGAUGUGUAUAAAAACGAUCCUGCAGUCUAAAAUACAACUGUAAGACCUUUAUAUGUGUUUGAAAUGUAGAGAAACUAAUGACUAUUCUAAAAGAGACCUGCUGUGAUUUAAAAAUCGUCUCUAGGCUACUAAAGUCCGAUCCAACGCCUUCUCGUUUUUCUGUCUCAGGUCUUCGACUCUGUCUGUCUGUUGUGGUGUAUUUGGUGCCAUUGAAUUUGAACAGCAGUAUCACAGAGAACGACGUUCACCUCCCGCAUGAAAUGUACACUUUAAAAACAAAGUCAGAUAAAGGUUUGAAUGAAUGAACGCGGAGGCAGAGUCGUAUCCCUUGAUUGUGACGUUCAGUGACUUGCAGUGUGAGACUUGAUGCUUUGUUAGGAUUUUGUUUUAAUAAAACGAGGACAGACUGAGGCUGUGAUUCAGAGGUGGCUGACUCAAGUUGUGUGUGUGCUUCCACUGGAUGUUCAAGUGAUGAAGAGGAGGGUUUCUGUUCAUCUGUUUAGGUGCAACAGAAUGUUUUGUAAAGCCGAUCACCAGAAACAGCAAGCAGCCAUUUCAAAUGUAGUUACAUGAAAAUAUAGGGCUGCAACGAAUUAUUAUUUUCAUCAUCAAUUAAUCUGCCAAUUGUUUUUGAAAACCCAAACUUGUCUAGAUGACAAAAAAGCAGCAAGUCCCACCGAAUAAGGAGCUGGAGAGCCAAUUACAUUUGGGCAUUUUUGUUUAAAUAAACUGAAUUAAAUUGAUAAUAAAAUCAUAAAAUUUAUAAAAUUGGUUGCAAAUUUUACAUCCAUUGACUAAUUAUUUUAACUUAAAGGUUCAGUGUGUAGGAUUUAGGGGCAUCUAUAGGUAGAAAUGGCAUUUAACUUUCAUAAUUAUUACUUCAUUACUUUAUAAUCACCUGAAAAUAAGAACUGUGUUUUCGUUUCAUUAGAAUGAGACGUUAAUAUCUGCUAGAUGCCACUAAAUUCUACACACUGGACCUUUAUUAAAAUAUACUGACAUUUCAAAGUUCGGAUUAAAUUAUCAUUUUAAGAUGAAUUCUUACUAGGGGUGGGGGAAAAAACGAUACGAUAUAGUAUUGCGAUAUUUUUUUGGCAAUAUCGUAUCGUCACACAGUCCCAAAUGUGUUUUUUAAAAUUAUAUAAAUCAUUAAUAUGACAAAUACAAAUUGAACUUAAGUUAGCCUACAAGAAUAAUAUAAUCAAUUGCUUUUUCAGUCCACUAGAUACAUUUUGCUGCUGCAAAAAAGUGAGAUGAACAGACUGAAAAUUUUAUCUUAUUAGAUAAAAACAGAUGUUUCCCUUUGGGGACAUAAUUACAGUUGAAUAAAGGUUAUAAAUCGCAGUAUAUCGCAAUAUAUUUUAAUCACAAUAUUCAAUAUAUUGCAACAUAUUUAAAAUUGCAAUAAUAUUGUAUCGUGAUAAUAUCCUAUCGUGGAUCUUCUGGUGAUUCCCACCCCUAGUUUUUACUGAUACUGUGUCAGUUGAUGUGAGGAAAAUGUACCUUUAAACUGGAUUAAGAGGCCUAUACUUCAAAUCUUGAAUGAAACAUUGCUGCUUUUCUACCGGCCUCUCUAUAUGCAAAUCAUUUAAUAGAAAUUUUGUGGCGCAUUUCUCUAAGUAUCACAAGGCCUGCUAGAUUUAUUCCACCCACAAUGCAGAUGCUGCACAUUCUCAGAAAACUUUGACUGCAGGUGUGAAUGUGGCCUCUCUCAACAGUACACUGUAUCCUGUUCUGUGAUAACCCCCCUCCACACACACACACACACACACACACACACACACACACACACACACACACACACACACACACACA